ACUUGGCAGAGCAACGGUUUCCUCCAAUUCCAAUAUGAUGUUAUGAUAUUGGAAAGCUUUGCCGGACAGGUUGUACGUCAUGCCACUCUCUAUUAGGUGCUAUUUUCGUCCUGCCCUGGAAGACAUUCAUCCACCAUCUACUCACCCUGACAGCCCCAAUAAACCAACCACUCCCAUUCAUCUCCACCCACCUCCACCCUUUCUCCUCGCCCAUCGCUCUCUCUCUCUCUCUCUCUCCCUCUCCCUCUUCCUCCCCAUCUCCCUCUUUCUCCUUUCCGUCGAGCAUUCGUGACUUAAAAACAACAUAGGAGAAUUGUGUAUGUUCGGCCAAGAGGAUUAUGUUUGUAGUUCCUUAAUAGUUUUCCAACAAGAUUACCUUUGACACUUUGUAAAUCUUUAUUUGGAGGACCUGCUCCUCUAUUUCCUCCACACGAAAGGUAUGUUAAUGUCAGUUUCUAACAUUCUCUUCUUUUAUGUGUUGAUUCACUGCAUUUGACCAUCGUGACAUAUGUUGAUAGGGAGAUCAAUAAUGCAAUUCCGGCCUCCUGGAACCAUGGUGUCAGCGCAACAGGGAGCUGAAACCGAAAGUUCAUGACAUUCCAGUUCCCCGCGCGCAAUAGUAGCCUACUUGAUCUCGGCGGGAGGAAGCGGACGAAAGGAAGAUGGCCAUCCACGUCGAGGGUAUCGUGGCUAUCGUGAUCUUCUACGUCCUGAUUCUGUCUGUGGGGAUCUGGGCUGCGUGGAAGAACAAGAACUCCGGUGGAGACCAGAGCGAGCGCAUCAUGGUCGGGGGAAGGGACAUCGGAUUGUUUGUGGGUGCAUUCACGAUGACCGCCACUUGGGUGGGUGGGGGCUACAUAAAUGGGACAGCAGAGUAUGUCUACCUGCCAGACUAUGGCCUUGCUUGGGCACAGGCGCCCUUUGGAUACGCUCUCAGCCUGGUAGUCGGUGGCCUUUUCUUUGCCAAGCCCAUGCGUUCACGUGGAUACGUCACCAUGCUGGACCCCUUCCAGCAGCUGUAUGGGAAAAGGAUGGGCGGCCUGCUCUUCAUCCCCGCACUCAUGGGGGAAAUCUUCUGGUCUGCAGCCAUUUUAUCUGCCCUGGGUGCCACUCUGAGUGUGAUCGUGGACAUAAACAUCAACAUGUCGGUGGUGAUCUCAGCCAUGAUAGCUAUCUUUUACACACUUGUUGGAGGACUCUACUCUGUUGCAUACACAGAUGUGGUCCAGCUCUUCUGUAUCUUUGUGGGCUUGUGGAUCAGCGUGCCUUUUGCUCUGUCCAAUCCUGCCGUGUCGGAUAUCAGUGUCACAGCCAAAGAAGUGAUCUACCAGUCACCCUGGCUGGGCAAGAUUGAUCCCGAAGACAAAUGGCUCUGGGCGGACAACUUCUGUUUGCUGAUGUUGGGGGGGAUUCCCUGGCAGGUCUAUUUUCAACGGGUUCUUUCUGCCUCUUCAGCUACCUAUGCCCAGGUCCUUUCCUUUGUCGCUGCCUUCGGCUGCUUGGUAAUGGCCAUCCCCUCUGUCCUCAUAGGAGCUAUAGGGGCCUCCACUGACUGGAACCAGACUUCGUAUGGGUCGCUCGCCCCGAAGGAUCGGGAUCAGUCAGACAUGAUCCUUCCCAUCGUGCUUCAGCACCUCUGCCCGUCUUACGUCUCCUUCUUCGGUCUGGGCGCCGUGUCAGCUGCGGUCAUGUCCUCGGCAGACUCAUCCAUCCUUUCAGCCAGCUCCAUGUUUGCGAGGAACAUCUAUCAGCUCGCUUUUCGGCAGUCGGCUUCAGACAGGGAGAUCGUUUGGGUGAUGCGCCUCACCAUCUUUGUGUUCGGAGGUCUUGCCACUGCGAUGGCGUUGUUAACAGGAUCCGUGUAUGGCCUGUGGUACAUGAGCUCCGACUUGGUCUACAUCAUCAUCUUUCCCCAACUCCUCAGUGUGUUAUUCGUCAAGGGCACCAAUACCUAUGGCUCUGUGGCCGGCUAUAUCUUUGGUCUUUUGCUGCGCAUCGGUGGAGGGGAGCCCUACCUCAAACUCCCCCCCUUCAUCUACUACCCGGGUUGGGUGACCCAGGAGAGGAUCCACCACGUCACCGGGGACGUAGAGCACUUCAUCCAGCAGAGGUUUCCGUUCAAGACGAUGUCAAUGCUGGCAUCCUUCUUGGCAAAUGUGGCCUUUUCUUACCUGACAAAGUACCUGUUUGAAAGCGGUACUUUCUCACACAAGUAUGACUUCCUGGACGCCGUGGUGUCCAAGCAUAGCAAGGAGAUCAUGGACAAAGACACGCUGGUGAGCAGCCAAGAGAACAUCAUUCUUUCAGAGUUGGCGCCCGUCAAUCAGGUCCUGGGUGCGUCACUCGCUGGGACAUUCAUCAACUCUGAGGCGCUCAGUGAUGAUGGGGACUCCAGCCCAGAGGCUUUUCACAAUGAACACUAGGCAGCAAAGGCACAAAUAGUCCUAGAACCGAGGGAUUUAAAGAUGAAGGAAUAAUCUAAGAGGCAUCCACAUUCUUCAGGACACUUGCUACUGCCGCACUUGAAGCCAAAUCAACAGAGAUCUGCUGUGGCUUCCGAGUGACUCCACAAGUUUGUUUGAUGCUGAUUACAUGGUGCCUCCUUCUUUUUUAGCAUACUCAUUCUUUUUCAUGACUCUGUGAAGCUAAAACCACGACAACCAUUUUAAUUUAAGUGCUGCAAGAGUGAUCGGUGGGACUUUCAGGGGAACGCAUAGUGGCUGCUGUGGACAACGACGUCUACAAGGGUAAUGAGAGUAGUGCAAUAUCUAACCAAGGAAUUGUGUCCACGUCUAAAUAGCAGUGUGUGUGUGUGUGUGUUUGUGUAUGUGUGCGUGUGUGAGCUUGCGUGCGUGCGUUUAUGCGUGUGCGUGUGUGACAACAAAGCAGUCAAUAUUCGAGAAACCUUUCAGACUGUGAGGUUUAAAGUUUCCGUAGAAUAUUUGUUAAUAGCAAUAAUAUUUGUAGGAUCUGUUUUGUAUAGAUAGAUACAAUGUACUAAACGUGCUAGUUAUUGUGUUUCUUUUUCUGUUUAAGAUUGUUCCCGUGUACCUUCAAGCAGCCAUGAACUUCCAUUCAUUUCUGUGUGCGUUUUAAAAAACAAACUUAAUAUACGAUUGUGUUUUACAUCUAUGAAUUAAUUUAAAACUGCAUUAACAACAACAUUGACAGCAAUUAAAGCACA